CAAUGGUAAAGUGUGCAUGGAAAGGCAGGCGUUCUGAAGUGGGCGGGACACAGGUGCUAGACACCAAAGCAAAACCGCCACGCGUAAUCAGGACAACGCCACAGCCGUAGACCCGAGAACUACAACCCCCCGUUCGGACCCUUUUAAAGAUCCACGUUGAUCCGACGCAAAUCAGUAUAUAAUCACGUCGGAAGGUAAAUACACACUUCCCGACCCAGUGGCUCUCAAACAUGCAGCAUGGAAUGGAUGGGAAAACUGGCGGUUGACCCAAUUAAUAUUCCGUAGCCAUCCUAAAAUUCUCGGGAUUAUAAUCAUAUUCGCUAAUGCCCAACAUGUAUUCCAGCGCGACACGUGUUCCUAGGACCAGAGCGACGAGGGCUGCGAUGGCCAGCACCGCGGUGACGGGACGCUUGAGCAUCGACUGCAACGGCCGCAACAUCACGUAUCCUGUCCCAAGCAUGACGGUGAUGAAGUAGCGGCCAUAGCGCAACAGAUUGCUCCAGAUGUCCUGCUCCGCCAGCUCCGCCAAGGGUUGUGUGUGCACAUCGCUCAGACGAAGCCGUGAGCUCCCACAAUGGCAACGCUUCUCUGCUAGUCCUCGGGCCGCCGGGCACCGGCAAGACGCUGCUGGCACUGGCACAAGUACUGUCGCCACAGAAGCCGCUGCCGCCACGGCCACAGAUCCCACAGGCGGCCCUGUCGCUGUCCACAACGUAGGCGUAGUACGGCUGAACGGCCUGCUGCAGCCGGACGAACGUACGGCCUUCCAGGAAGUGGCUCGACAGCUCUGCCGCGACUUUGGCCAGAAGUUUGUCAAGUCAGCCACGUUUGACGAGAACCUUGUUUUCCUGAAGGGCAUGCUGCACGCGCUGUACAAGUGCCUUAAGAAGGUGGUCUUCGUCGUGGACGAGUUCCAGCAAUAUGCCAAGAAGGGAAAGCAGCAGAUGUUGUACUACCUGUUGGACAUGUUGCAGGACAGCAAAAUCCAGGCCGCGGUCAUCGGCAUUAGCUCGGCACACAACGUGGCGGAGGACCUGGAGAAGCGCGUGCUCAGUCGCGUGGGGCGGCGGCGGGUGCUGGUGACCUUCCCAGCAGCCACACCCGACGAGCCGCUUGGAGGAUCCGCGGCUGGUGGCAGCCCCGGGGGCAGCGCCGCAAAGAGCCCCGGCAGCGGCGUCGCAGCUGGGUCUAGCGGCGGCACUGACUCGUACGACGGCCUUUUGUACGACAUGUUGGCGCUGCACCCGGGCAUGGCAGGCCUGGCGGGGCUUAGUGAAGCGGCGGCGGCGGUGCACAACGCGGCCGUAGCGGAGGCGCUGCGUGAUGUGCGCGUCGCGGAAUGCCUAAAGAAGCUUGCGCUCAUCGGAGCGCCGCCACAGCACUUGGCGUUGGUGGCGGAGGCCGCGCUGGCGGCGUGGGGGGAUGACUUGCGGCGGCAAGGUACGGCAUCAACGGCGGGGCCCCCGGCGGCGGGGUCGGAGCUGCUGCUGCGGCGGCGGCAGGGCGGGUCGGUGCAGCCGCCGGUGCUCGGAGCGAGCCAUCUGGUGCCAGCGCUGGGGCCAGUAACGGACGCACCAGAGCGAGCCCUGGUGGAUGUGGUUUCGGGGCUGCCGGUGCUAUCGCUGGUGCUGCUGGUGGCAGCGCAUCGGUUGCAGCGCAAGGGCCAGCCGAUGUGCAAUUUUGAGAUGGUGUGGGAUGAGUACCGCUCAAUUCAGGGACAGCGGGGCGCCAUCGCCUUCAGCAAGCAAGCCGCCGCGGCAGCAUGGCAGGCAUUACCGCUCAGCGGAUUGGGGCACUACACGGACGCCAACGUCGAAUCACGCGGGCGGGAUCUCUCGUACGCAGGCGUGAUGCUGCUUGUUGGCGCUCCUGACCUAGACCGGGGUAUUCGUCAACACCCACACUGCCCGGAUGCAGUGACUCGAUUCCACAUGCAAGAGAUCUAAACUGCAAGAUGUUCCCUG